AACCACAAUUGAUUAGGAUCUGACAACUAGUCUCCAUAGAUGAAUAUUGGAAAUUUGAGAACAUAGAUUAAUGUAUCCAUUUAAAUGGAUAGAUCCUUGACUUUAUUAUAUGAAAGUUGAAUUUAAAAAAGAAUUAUAUUUACAGAUCUAUAUAACUUUUCGCAAUAUGAUUUAAGGAGUUAUAGUUAGGAUGAUAUUUAUAAUAGUCAGUUGAUAUUUUGGAGAUGUUUGUAAUAAGGAUUUUGGGAGUUUGGGAGGUGUAUUUGAGGAAUUUGAAUUUAAAUAUAAGGUUGAGUUAAUUAUGGUAAUUUGUAUUGAAGAUUAAGGAAAGAGUGCAAGGAGAAACAAAUGAGUUAGGUUGUAAAUGCCUAAACAUUUGUAUUAGAUCUGAAUCAAGUGAGGGGAAGUAGACAUAAUCCUUUUAAAAUAUAUAUAUAUUUCUUUAUUUACUCAAUAAAAUGCUGGAUUCAAUCCAAAGAGAUGAGUUGGAAUGCAUUCCAGUUCACUUCAAUAUAGUCAGGUUCCUUAAAAUGUAAUAAUAUAUAGUUACCUCUUGUUAUACGCCAGAUCUGACGGUAUAAUUAUUGAUUAUUUAACUAUCCUCAAGCUGAUUAUUUUUGAAGUAGUGUGGUUCACUUUUGAUUUCAGGUUAAAGAUCUCUUCGAAGUAGUUUGGGCAAAACUGUCCUCUAUCUCCAAACGCUGUCAUCCAGAGGAUGAGGUUUAGAGGGUUUGUUUGUAAAGACUAUGGGAGACUAACUCAUUAAUUAAUUUUAAUAUUAUUGACCAAAAUUAUUUCUCCUUCUCUAAAUAGAUUUAAAAUAUAAUUACAAACCAGAAUUUAAAUCAAUGAAAAAUUAUUGUGCUUCUUCCUUUCUAAUCAUAACAAAUAUUCAUAAUAAUAAUCAAUAAACAGUCUAACAAAGCUGCUGUUGUCUAUAAAUUCAAUAUGAG